GCCGUACAAUGCCGCCCUCUGUGCUGCAGGAGCGGGUGGCACCGCCCGCGCGAUAAGGACCCAUGUUCUCACCGCGCUGCCCCGCGGCUCUACGGUCCCGGCUCUGCCCCCGUGCAGGUGCUGCGGAGCCGCGAGCGGGGGCACCUCGAGCCGCCGCGACCCCCCAUUGCGGAUUUGCAUGGAAGCUCCCGCUGCGCCAGGCUCCGCCUCCCGCUGGCUCCGGCACUAAAGCGACGUGUCCCAGGCCCGCCGGGCGGGCAGGCUGCGGUCACACGCGCCUCAGCCACCUGCCGCGCUGCUCGCCCGGCGGCCCUUCUCCUGGGCACGGCGUCCCGCCCUCCACGCCGGCUCCCAGCAUGUUGAUGGCUAGUACCAGAAGCUUAACUUAGUGGGAGAACAGGCUGGGUGACAUUUCCCCAUCAUCUACUGAAACAUGAAGACCAAAAGCAAAAGAACAAAGCACAGGCUUGCUGUUGACAAAGAAGCCUUUCCUGGGGAGACAACUUUGAGCAAAGAGGAACCGGUGAAAUGUUUGCGACGCAAAGAAAGGAGAAAUGGCGAAAACAAUGAGAGUAGCAAGACUGGUACAGUCAAAGCCAAGCAUGGUUGGAACAACAAAGACAGACACUUAAGGCGAUUGGAAAGCAAUGAACGGGAGAGGCAGAGAAUGCACAAGCUCAAUAAUGCAUUCCAGGCCUUGCGGGAGGUUAUCCCUCAUGUGAGAGCUGAGAAUAAGCUUUCUAAAAUUGAGACUCUCACGCUAGCCAAAAAUUACAUUAAAUCACUGACUUCCACCAUACUCCAUAUGUCCAGUGGGCACCUUCCAAUUGUAGAAGGAACUGGAGCAUCCAAUGGCUCCAAACUGUACCAGCAUUACCAACAGCAACAUGGUGAUGAGGAACACGAUGAACAACUAAAAAAAUACUCCACACAAAUUCACAACUUUAGACAAGGCAGCUAAAGUUAGCUACUGGCCUCAUUCUCUCAUCUCCAUACAUUCCUGUAUAUUUCAGCAUUUGGAGGAUUAAGGGGUUAUUUCCUCCCGGUGGCUUUCUUUUUUGUUUGUUUUUGAAAAGACAAAUGUUUAGUGACUAGAUCUCAUAAUUCUUGUUGAAAUUAUCCUAAAUUGUAGGUCAGGCUUUUCAAAGAGAUUAGUGAUUUUGGUUGCUCGGUAUGAAACACCUUCUCUGUUCUUAUAGUUUUUUGUUUACCUGCUUUGUUUGUAAUUUUCUUGAGGUCAGAAUGUUCUUUUAAUUUGUAAUGAGAAAUUGUUUGAUUGUUCAACACCUAGAUUGCUUUUGCAGGGCGGGCUUUAUAAACAAAUUAUUUUUCAGUGGGAGGGGGGUCUCUGCACUUUAGAAAAAUUACUCUUUUUAUAAGGUACCUUGAGUUGGGCACCCAACAGUGAUGUCCUAAAUCACUAGUCAUUAUUGAAAAUACUGGCUGUAACUUUGAUUCCUCCAGAAGUGGCACCAUUAAUGGGGAAUCUUGGUGCAGGAAUAAUGAAGUUUAUGGCCCGGUACAGUACUUUGGAAUGUAUACAGCUACUGGAGGGACAUAUCUAACUGACCUGUUAUUUGGAUAGCAGGACUAAUUUAUUUAACCACAGUUACCUGGAUUUUUCCCCUUGAAUUCUUAAAUAUCCUGCUACUCAGGGGGAGGAACAAAUUUAAUGACAAUAGAAAUGUAUUUUGAGUAGCUUGAUUAGUGUGAUCGAACAGGUAUGAACAGAUAUCAGAUAAUGUUUUCACAAAUGGCCUUGGACCAGACCCUAAAUGCCCUAAAUCAGCGGUUCUCAAACUUCAUUGCAACAUGACCCCCUUCUGACAACAAAAAUUACUGCACAACCCCAGGAGGGGGGAUCGAAGACCUGAGCCCUGUUGCCCUGGGCAGAGAGGCCAAAGCUGAAGCCUAAGGACUUCUGCCCUGGGCGAGGGAAUGUAACCUUAGCCCUGGGGGUUGGGGCUCGGGUUUUGGCUUCAGCCCCUGGUGGUGGGGCUUAGGCUUAGGCUUCAGACUUGCUGGGGCCCAGGGCCAACACCAGCCUUGGCGACCCCAUUAAAAUGGGGUUGUGACCCACUGUGGGCUCCCCACCCACAGUUUGAGAACCCCUGCCCUAAACUCAUUGAAGUAAAUGGAAAGGUUCCAAUUCACUUCAGUGGGCUUUGGGUCACAUUCCUAAAAUGUAAUCCUACAACUACACUUAAAAUGCACAAUAAUUAAUGUGAUCCUUGUUGCAUUAUAUAUAUAUUUGAAAGUGCCUUUCAACAGAAACAUUAAAAGAGAUUUGUUAGAUUGUAACAGAGCUCUUCUAGACAGGAGCUUGUCUUUGGCUGUGUUUGUACAGCACCCAGUCCAAUGGGACCCCACUUCCAUUUAGACCCUUUGGGUGCUAUUGUAAUAUAAAUAUUUAACAGUUAAUUCACUUGUGAUCUUUGCAAAAAUGAUGUGAUUACAGAACAAAUGUUUUGAAUAUUUACCAGUUGGACAAUGAUAAUCUAUGCAUUUAAAAUGAACUCUCCUAAUAAAGCCUGCAUUGUAAUCAAUUAGGAUUCAUUCUGGGCUAGGUACUAUUAAAUACAAUAAAUGAAACCGGAGAUCUUGAAACAAGAAAAGAAACUUUUUAAAAAAAUGUUGGAAUAAAAACUCGCAUUUCUCCUA